CCCGCCAUGGCCGCGCCGUGCCGGACGCGCACGCUGCAGGUGGUGGACACGGAGUUCAGCGCGGACGCGGUGGAGUGGUGCCCGGUGGAGGGCUGGCACAGCAUCCUGGCCUGCGGCACCUACCACCUGCGCCCGCCCGCAGAGAGCGAUUCCCGAGGCAGCUCUAAUGGGGCCUGUGACCGUACCGGGCGUCUCUACCUGUACCACUACAACGAGGAGCAGCCCUACAUCCCACUGACCGAAAUCCAGCGCAUCGACACGGCCGCUGUCCUGGACAUCAAAUGGUGCCAUGUUCCUGUUGCAGAACAUCCCAUGGUCGGCAUUGCAAACUCCACGGGCGCCGUGGAGUUUUGCCACCUGACUGGAAGUGAGAAGAACAGCUGCAUGUUGGAGCCACGCUUCAGGGUGGAUCUCGGCGCACAGCGACUGGCCCUGUCCUUGGACUGGUCCACGGGACGGGAGCAGUGUGGAUGUCCUUUGAGAGUGAUCAGCAGUGAUUCAGAGGGGAAGCUGAACCUUUUCUCCAUAGAUGAAUCUGCUCCUUCUGUGCAUGUCCUGAGCCAGUGGGAAGCUCACAAAUUUGAGGCCUGGAUUGCUGCUUUCAAUUACUGGGACACCGAUAUCGUGUACUCAGGAGGGGAUGACAGUCUGCUGAAGGGCUGGGACACCAGGUGCAGUCCAGAGGCUCCAGUGUUCACCAGCAGGAGACAUUCCAUGGGUGUGUGCAGCAUUCAGUGCAGUCCCCACCGCGAGAACCUCCUGGCCACGGGCAGCUACGACGAGCACGUGCUGCUGUGGGACAGCAGGAACAUGAAGCAGCCCCUGGCUGACACCCACGUGGAAGGAGGGGUGUGGAGGCUGAAGUGGCACCCCACGCGUGAUUUCGUGCUGCUGGCAGCCUGCAUGCAGAGUGGAUUCAAGAUCCUGGACUGCCGUGGGAGCCUGGCGGAGAACACGGAGGAGUGUGUCAUCCUGUCAUCCUACGUCCUGCACAACUCCCUGGCCUACGGGGCCGACUGGUCCAGGCUGUGUCCCAGGGAUUCCCUGCCUGCAGCACAGUGCCAGCCUUUGGAGGAGCUCCCGGGAGCAGAGGAAGGAGACGAGAGGCUGAAUUUGCAGGUCCAAAACCUGAAGAUAAUUUACGAGUCUCCUACAGCUACUUUUGAUGUGAUCCUGGAUGAGGAGAGCGAGGGCCCUGCUGGAGCGGGGGCGGCUCCCAGGCUGGCUGGGGAUCCUGGCCCGGCCAGGGGCUCUGCCUUGAAGGGCAGUUUAGACCUGGCUGGGGGCCCAGACCCCGGCUCAGCCAGGGGCUCUGAGCCCAGAGCCAGGAGCCCCAACAGGACAGGCCUGGACAGCACUGGGGGCUCAGCCAGGUCCCCAGACAGCCCCAAAGAGACGAGCAUCGUGGCCACUUGUUCCUUCUACGACAACAUCCUCCAUGUCUGGAGGUGGGAGAUGAGCCUGGGCACCACUCCUGAUGUGCCAAGUCCCGGAUCUCCAUCCAGAAGAACAGCUGAAAGUCUGCAUUGACCACUCCCAAGGCAGAGGGGGCAGGAAAACCCCUGAACUGAGAGUGACAGCUGAACUUAACGCCCUGCCUAACUCCUGUUGGGCCUUCCCAGUUUUAUUGCUGAACUUGGCAGUCCUUCAAGGCCCACACUGAUGGAAUUCCUGGUGUUUUAUUUUCAGCACAGGGGAAAGCCUUUGCUUAGAGGCCUGUGGUUAAGCACAGACAGCUUUAUUUAGUUUUCCCCUUAAUGUCCUGGUUCCAAGGGGGACAGCCCUCCUCUCACAGGCUUUGAACCUCAGGUUUGGGUCCUUUCAAGGCUGGUUUGCAUUUCACAUUGUUCUGUUCAGCCUGUUCUCCUCCUUCCAUCACAAACCAGACUGUGCUGCUGUGAGUGCAACCCAGCAUGUGAUCAGAAGGUUCCCUGAAUGUCUUGUAAAAGCCCCUGAGCAGAGGCUGAUGUGCAAACCAGGCCCUUGAGAAGAGCUCAGGCAGGCCAGGCACAG